AUGUCUAAAAACUUGGCCACUCAGUUGUAUGUUCUUGCCUCAUGGUAUUGGGUCUAUUAUUUUAGGCUGCUUUUUUUUGAAAUGCCUUUGUCGAUGAAACCAUUCAAUAUUCUUGGAUACAUAGAAUUUAAUGGUUAAGACCCAAGAUGCGGUAAAAUAUGGAUAUGGGGAGAAGGGAAGAAGGAGUGCAAUAAGGGAGGGUAGGAAUAAGUAAUGAAGUGUAUAUGGAAAUGUAAAGUAAUAAAAAAAAAUGAUGAUUGGAUUAUUAAUAAAAUAAAAAAAUAAAUAAAUCAAUUGAGUUAUGAAUUUUAUUAAUAAUAUUGA